AUGACUGGUCAAUCGCUACAGCUGGACUUCCACAGAGCUCCCCUGUUUUCGAGCUUUGAGGAUCUCUGGGUAGAAUACUUCAUUCGUUACUUCCUUUCUAUUCUCCAACACAACAAACCGGCUACUACUACUCCUCAGUCUCCGGAAGCGAAAUGCUUAAUCUUACAGGCAAACUCCCUACCAGGCCAACAUUCCUACUCUGGAUCCAUGGCACUCUUUACUGGAAACUCUUACAUUUCUUCGCCGCUCAUGUUCACCCUGUUCUCCACGGUAUCCGUGUUAGCUCUGACGCUUUUUAUUCGGAGAGUGCGGUCUGGAUACCAUGCGUUUUUGGCUUUGGGUCCAGGCGGCACGCCUUCAACAUUCAUGGGAUACCUUCGAAUCUGCGUUUUGCGCAUUUUUGCGCUCAGGAAUCCACUAAACCCGCCUCUCCUGCCCGUUAACCUCCGUCCACAAACUGGCAUCCUGAAGGAUUUACCGAAAAGGAAUUCUCCUCGACCCAAAGUUGCUGGGAUCGCUCCCCAGCGUCAAGUAUCACAGCGAGGCUCCGCAUCCAUGUACUCGGCACUUGCAGCAGCUAUCAAGGACAUAUCUAUCCAUAAUUCUGACCACUUGUAUCUCGGAACCUCUUGCUUUGAGAAACACAGCACCGGCCUAUUCUCUCUGCCGACUCUAAUCAACCAAGUCACUUGCAAUGGCGAAGUUUGCCAUGCCCAUCCAAGUGAUGGCAGCCUCCACCUCACACUCCACCCCGCAGACGUGAAGUAUGUAAUCGAGAAAGGCUGGGGAGAACGCCAUCCCCUGGCAAGAGAAAGCUGGUGGUGGAAACUUCGAUUCGUACCAGUCGGUUUUGUCAUGAUUUAUGCGCCACAGACGAUGGAGGAAUUGCAGUGUGUGAUUCAAAUCAUCCACGCUGCUACCUGGUGGGUAACGGGAAUGGAACCACGCUCUAAGGAUUGUGCAUACAAAACUGCCGCCGUUGCGAAAGCUCAGGGGAGAAGGUCCGAUGACUCUCAGCCGGCGAUAAAUGUUGCGAAUUAA